UGCAGGACAGCAAUGAGCAUGAAGUAGUGAUUGCAUUAAUUACUCGUAGCUAUAGCGGGAGCGAUCACAAUGGGCCCCGGUGCCUAAGGGGCCCAAGCGUCUUCCACAGGACACCAGUCCUAGCUACAGUAGAUGAUGUUUAGGGGACCCAGGUACAGAUUUUGCAUUGCGGUGAUGGAGCUUCCGAUUACGACUCUGAUUGGACUGUCCUAUAAGGGCAUGCUAAGGCGACGGCGUCCUGUCAUGGCAGUCCUCUCGCUCUGCCUUUGUUGCACCCUCUCACUACUGGCAUAUAUUAUUGUGGAAGACGAGCCAAUAUGGGAACUUCCAGACUUGCAAGACCCCAUGGCAGCUAACCUCAGCUCUCCUCCAUCUCUCCGUCGUUCUGCCACUUUGUACGACAAAAACUUCAGCUUCUUCCUGGACCUGUCUGAAUACAACAGGACUUAUCCGACUCUCCAGAACUACCGAUGUCGAGCCGUCAUAGGGCUAUUAGGAUAUUGCCGCACUGAAAGUCCCCUAAUUCUGAUGGCCAUAAAAUCCCACGCAGCGGCCAAGAAACGCCGAGAUGUCCUUCGAAAUACUUGGGCAAAAGAGAGAAGGAUCAACGGGUACACAUUCAAGCCCGUGUUCUUAAUGGCAAACUCCGGAAAGAAGAGUCAGAUGGGGAGGUUGAUGAAAGAAGCUUCAUUUUUUGGGGACAUACUUCUGUGGGAUUUUUUUGAGAGUCAUCAUAGCUUAUCCUUAAAAGAAAGGUGUUUCUUGGAGUGGUUGUAUUACCGCUGUUCAGAGGUGAAAUACAUAUUCAAAGGCGAUGAUGACGAGUUUGUUAACCCCUAUGCACUGGCGACCUACAUCUCCUCUUCUCACCCGGAGAAUCGACUUAAGAUCCAUGGACAACUACAAGAUCACUCACCUCCUGAUCGUGGGGGAAAGUAUGCAGUGCCGCUCUCUGUUUAUCCUCACCGGUACUACCCUCCAUUUGUGUCUGGUGGGGGCUUCCUUUUACCCGGUGAGUUAGUUCCAUCUCUCCACUGGGCGGCAUCUAUCAUACCCGUCUUCCCUCUGGAUGAUGUCUUCAUUGGAUUCCUUGCACUGGCCACCAAGACCAGUUUUCACCAUGAUCCACGGUUCUUCUCAUUUGGCCUAAAGAAUGAUGACCUCUGUCACUAUCUAGAUGUCCUAGUGGUCCACGGUCUGACCCCAUAUCGUAUGCUGGAAGUAUGGGAAGUCCUGCCAUAUCUCAAGCCCUGCCCACCAGAGGAGGAGGAGACGCAAUAGAGAAAAGGCUUCUCCCCCACUACCUCCGACCUUGUCAUCUGCAACCCAACCAUGUCAACCCGAAAAUGAAGGAACACCUUAUUACUGUCUGUAUCACCCUGCAGGAGGAGGGGGCAGGCUCAUAGCUCUCUUCUGUCUGUAUCACCCUGCAGG